AUGACUAUCCUUGCUGCACUUUCAAACUUGGCCGGCCCAAUCCAAUCCUCCAACAAUGCCCGUCUCACCUCUGGCUCUGCCUCCGCUGCUGGUCAGGGCGCCAAUGGUACCUCUGGUCUCUUGUCCUUCUUGGGUCUUGGCUCAUCCGACGUCUCAUCGACAACAACUUUGAACGCCAGUGUUCCAAACAUAUUGACCACCUCGCUCACCAACACCACCACCGUCUCCACCAAGUAA